GUGCCAAAAGUAGACCCGCUUCUGCCUUGUGUUCUCCCCUCGUCCUUGACUAGAUUCCACACCGCUUAUUCCAGAUCUGUUCUACUUGUGCCCCGCGAGUUCUGUGACCUCGCCUCACCUUUUAUACAAGAUCUCUCUCUUUUGCUUUCCACCCUGGAAUCAGCGUCCUCCCAUCCUCCAUGGCCUCCCUCAGAGCUCCUUCUCUCUCCCUCAACAUCCCAACCUCUGGCAAAACCCUCUCUCCCCUCCCACAAACCAGAUCUCUAAGAUCUCUCCACUUGUCCAUCCCGAAAUCCAACAGACCCCCAAAACUAACCGCUAUCCCCCGCCGUCAUAGCAUCACCGCCUCCUUCUUCUCUAACAAAGAGGACACAACUUCCUAUUCGCGAUCAACUAAGGUUCAGGAGCUGUACGUGUACGAAAUCAACGAAAGGGACCGCAACAGCCCGGCCUACCUCAGCUUGAGCCAGAAGGAAGUCAAUUCCCUCGGCGAUCUCGUCCCCUUCAGCAACAAGGUUUACCACGGUAAUUUGGAGAAGAGGCUGGGGAUAACGGCGGGGAUCUGCAUCCUGAUCCAGCACGUCCCGGAACGUAACGGGGACCGAUACGAGGCGAUAUAUAGCUUCUAUUUUGGGGACUACGGGCACAUAUCGGUCCAGGGAGGGUAUCUGACCUACGAAGACACGUACUUGUCCAUCACGGGCGGAUCGGGGGUUUUCACUGGGGUUUACGGCAAGGUUAAGCUCCACCAGAUCGUAUUCCCGUUCAAGUUAUUCUAUACUUUUUAUCUCGAGGGGAUACCGGAUAUUCCCAAAGAGCUUCUCGGGAAGCCGGUGCCGCCGUCGCCGGCCGUCGAGCCCACGCCCGCUGCCCAGGCCGCGGAGCCCCACGCGGCCGUCAAGAAUUACACCAAUUAGUUAGUGGCUGGAUGGCAUGUCACGCUUCUUAGCAGUCUUGUUAGAUACCGGAAGGGUUGGUUAUAAUGUUUUGUCUGAUGUUAUUCUUAUCCAUCCGGCUGGUGAAUCAGUGUAGUUUUUGGAUUAUUAUAGAGCGUUUCUAAGAAAUCUUCUUUGAUUCCACCU